AAUUCGCGGAAAAGAAAUGGCUGACCCGGAAUUGGAAGCAAUCCGGCAAAGGAGAAUGCAGGAGCUAAUGGCUCAACGUGGUGGGGGUAGCCAUCAAGGUCCUGAGCUUUCUGCUCAGGAGGAAGCUAAAAGCGAGGCGGAAGAACAAAGACAACUGAUGCUGACACGGAUUUUGACAUCUGAAGCACGUGCAAGACUUGCUCGAAUUGCACUGGUGAAACUGGAGAAGGCCAGGGGAGUCGAGGAUGUAAUACUGAGAGCUGCGCAAACCGGCCAGAUUGUUGAGAAGGUAUCUGAAGAGAGGCUCAUAUCGCUGCUCGAACAAAUCAACACCCAGACAACUAAAGAAACCUAAGUGACAAUUCGGAGGCGUACAGAGUGUUCUCGACGACGAUCAGGGUUUUGUGUGAUUCUAUACCAAGCAUGAUUUACGUAUGGACAAAAUGUGAAAUCCAUCCAAUGUGAUUGCCAGGAUUCUUAGCCCUUAUUUUUAUGACUUGAGUUUUAAAUAUCUUUCAAUCCCUCAAUCUGUAUGGAUAUGGUUAGUUUACAUUUGAAGCAUUGUUUGAAAUUUAAUCCCAAUUUUUGCCAUAACUAUUUUUAGCUGCUUUGUCAGCAAACUCUAA